UAAAUUCUUUUUGGUUUAAUAAGUGGAAAAUUGUACCAAAAAGUCUUUUUGUGGCAUGAUUUUAUGCUUUACCAAAAAAUUUUGCCAACUUCCUAUAAAAAAACAAAAAUGUUAACUGAAUACAAGUGUGACAAAAUCCUCUGCCAGGCGCUGCGCUGAUCAGCGCUCAUGUUUAUAUUAUAUCUGUGUCUCUCUAACCGCUGGGAUAAUAUCGUUAACUGUUGUACAAGUUUUCGCGCUGUUAAAACAAAAAAAAAAAAAUCAACCGACGCGCGUUGCAUUUUGAACUGAUCAAUUCGAAUUUAAAUUCGUUUUCAAUUGCCUCUUCUUCUCCUUUACGCUUUUAUCUACAUAACAACUACUGUUUAAGUGUGCGUGGAUGUGUCUUUGGCAAUGUUUUUUUUAUAUAAAUAUUCGAAAUCAAUACAUAUGUACAUACAUAAGGGUGCCAAAUACUUGUUCUUCUAUGUGCGGCUAUUUAGCCUGCGAUCUUCACUGCUCCCCUCUAAUGGUGUGUGUGUGCAUGUGUGUGUAUUUGCUGUUGUUGUGUUACGUUGCCAUUACUAUUCGCCAUUUUUUUUUUAUGUUUAUUCUUGGUGCUGUGUGACUAGAUUGCUCUCGUAUUAGUUCGAGAGGAGCACCCCAGCACCCGUAAGCAACUAUAGCGAGUUAGCAUACGUGUAUGUGUGUGUAGUUGUAGUAGUACAAGCAAUGGCUGUGGUAGUGCUGGUGAUCGUGGUCUCUUAACCCACAAACCGAAAUCGAGACAUUGGAGAUUGUGCCAUUCGCGAACUUUAGUAGUUACAUUAAUGUUUUGCAUUUAGCGGCGCGCGGCAAAUACGGCGGUAAACGGUAAAAGCAACGGCAACGAACGCAACAACAACAGGCCAUAGAACGGAUACGGAUGCGGAUGUGGUUGCGUAUUUAUAGAGUUCUACAUAUGUAUAUAUAAUUACAAGAACACACACCAUUACAUACUGAAUUACAAGCGCUUAAGACUUAAAUGAGUGAUAAAAAUGUAUGGCUGAAUCGAAGAAUAUGUGGAAAAUAUCUUACAGCUGUGCCUUAAAAUUUACCUGUAAAUAUUAAAAAAACAAAACGCUUCUAAAACAAAGCCUUAAAUAUACAACAACAAUAAAUAAUAAUUAAAAAAAAAAAAAAAAACUUUUUUAACCAAAAAAGGGAAAAAAUGCGCUACAAAUGAACAACAAAAAAAGAAAAAAAAUAACAAUAUGAAAUAAAAUUGCAAACUUUAAAAAUGUAUUGGCUUAAGUUAUAUAAUAAACUUACUGUGAAGUUACAGUAAAACUAUUGAAGGAGUGUCUUAAAAGCAACAACAAAAACAUACAAAAAUUUUUGUUUUAAUUAAAGCACAAACAACAAAAAGAAAUCAAAUUCUAAAAAGAAAUUAUAAAUAAGAAAAAAAAACAUAUCACAAAAUCUGAACCUAAAACUACACAAAAAUUAUAGAAAAAUAAACACAAUUGGCUUACCGACACUCACCCACACAAUUUGGAUUAAUUUUUCAAAGUAAAUUGGCUACAUUGGUUUACUUACACAUAUUUAUAUAUAUAUAUAUAUAUAUAUAUAUACACUUUAAGCCCAGUUUAAUUAAAAAAUCUACACGCUGGCUUACAACAACGACGAACUCGCCGUACAAGAAACCCUCUCACAACUGGAUUACUACGCCUAUUGGUUGACACACUGUUUGGGAAGAUACAACACUGACCAAGGAGCUAUGGACCAGCAAUUCUGUCUACGCUGGAACAAUCAUCCGACAAACUUAACUGGUGUGCUAACCUCGUUGCUGCAGAGGGAGGCACUCUGCGAUGUGACGCUGGCAUGCGACGGUGAAACAGUUAAGGCGCAUCAAACAAUUCUAUCAGCAUGCAGUCCAUAUUUCGAAACCAUAUUCCUGCAAAAUCGCCAUCCACAUCCUAUCAUCUAUUUAAAAGAUGUCAGAUACUCAGAAAUGCGCUCCCUGCUCGACUUCAUGUACAAAGGCGAAGUCAAUGUCGGCCAAAGUUCGCUGCCGAUGUUCCUCAAAACAGCUGAGAGUCUACAGGUUCGUGGUCUUACGGACAACAACAACCUCAACUACCGCACGGAACAUCGCGAUUCGCCUGUAUCCUCGCCCACCGGCCGCACGCCAUAUAGUAGCAGCGGUCUUGGUGGCGGUGGUGGCAGCAGUGAAUGUGAGCCACGCGAGCGUGAACGUGACCAACAGCAUCGUGGUCGUGCCACAGAGCGCGAUAUGCGCGACGAAAUGCAUUCACAUCGCAGCAGCAGCAGUUUGAGUGAGCGUAAUGCCGCCGCCGCAGCGGCAGCUAGUGUGGGUGCCAGUUUACAAUCUGCCGCUGUUGCUCUGGGUUUAGGUGAACGUUCACCGUUAACAGCGGCUGCUAUGGCAGCUGCAGUGGCUGCAGCUACACGUAGUGCCAGUGCUGAUCCUCUUGGUGGUGGCUCAACGAACACGGGCUGCAGUGGUGCCGGUGCUGGCAUGUUAAAUAGCCGCAACAGUGAUGUGAAUAGUGAGCGGUGCAUUGGUGGUGCAGGCAAUGGGGGUAGUGGCGAUCGCAGUAGUAGCAUUGGUCGUGAACGCGCCGAUAGUCGUGAUGAACUCAUGCAGCUAGACUAUAGUAACAAGGAUAACAGAGACCGUGAUAGAGAGAUGUCUACUACACCGGUGGAGCAUAUAGGUAGUAAUAAGCGAAGACGUAAGAACUCAUCCAACUGUGAUAAUUCGUUGACCUCGACGCAUAACGCAAAUGUACAGGACAGGCAGUACACUCAGGAUUCUCAGGCAUCCUCACGCAGCAAUUUCAAAUCAAGUCCCGUACCAAAAACCGGCAGCACAUCUGAAUCGGAAGACGCCAUCGUCACAGGUAUUGGCGAGCGACACGAUUCACCAUUAUCCGCCAGCCAAUUGAGUCUUGUUGGUGCUGGUGGAGGCGGAGGCAGUGGCGGCGGUUUAGGUGGUGGUGUCGGUAGCGGUAGUGUUGGUGCGAUUCCCAGUAGUAUUGGUCUCAGUCAUGCGCUUAGUAUUAAACAAGAAUUAAUUGAAGCACAACAACAGCAACAACAACAAUUACAGCAACAACAACAGCAGCAGCAACAACGUGAGACGCAUGUACCUUUACCAACUGAUUAUUUGCCGCCCGGUGCACUGAAGCUACACUCUGAGGAGAUGUCCCAAUUGUUAUCCUCACAUGGCCUACAGCAGGAUAAUCGGGAGGAUCAAAAUGAUGGCAAACAAUUAACUCUAGAUCAGUCGGAUAAUAUUGAUGGUGAUGAUGGUGUUGGUGUUGGCAAAGGCACCAACGUACGCGAUGACGAAAACCAAACAAAUCAUGAUGAUGAUGAUGAUGACGACGAUAAUAAUGACGAUGACAAUGAUAUUAAUGUUAGAACAAACGUUGAUGACGACGUCGGCAGCAAUAGUAAUGACGUCGAUAAUGAUGUUGCUGCUGGCGCACACUUGCAACGUCAGAUUGCCUAUCGUCAUAAUAGACGGCAUGUGAUACGUGCAACAGAUGCUAUGAAAACCGAACAACAUAUUGCCGAUGCACAUAUUGAUGUUGCUGAUGAGAAUCAGCCGAGUGAGCUGUAUGAUGAUGAUGAUUAUGAUUAUGAUAAUGAUUGUCAUAGUGAUUGUGAUCAUAAAAUUAUAGACAGCAAUUACAAUUGUCAUUACAAACGUUGCAGGCAAGAGGCGGCUAUACGUAGCCAACAUGCACAGCAUCAGCAGCAACAGCAACAACAUUUAUUCGAACAACAGCAGAAGCAUUUGCAUGCUCAACAACAAUAUCACCACCACCACCACCACCAACACCAGCAGCAAGUGGCCGAAAUGAUGUUGCACGCGCGCAACGGACCGUUAAAUGACGUCAUUAGUCUGACUGCGACGUCGCAGCCACCGCCCUUGCCCACGCAUCGUCAUCCUCAUGUGCAUCCACAAACCGUUAUUAAUCUCGGACGUUGUGGCAAUGCUUUGGAGGCGCUUUGCUCUGCAGAGGUCGCUGCAGCGGCUGCCGUUGCUGCACUGUCGCCAGCUUCCUCAAAUGCCUCGGCUGUGUCAGCAACGCUACAUAAACAGCAACAACAGCAGCAGCAAUUGGUAUAUGCACAUCAGCACAACACAAAUUAUCAGCCACAUCAUCACCACCAACAGCAGCAGCAGCACCAACAACAACAACAACAGCAUCAACAAGCUUUAGUGGUUGCCGCCAAUCUGGCACAACAUCAUCACCAUCACCAACAACAACAACAGCAGCAACAGCAACAGCAACUACAACAUCAUAUGCAACAUACGCAUAAUCAACCGCGCAAUACAGCCGACGAACAUAACCACAACAAUAUACAAUUGCAACACGUUGCCACAAAUUCGAACUCCUCACCGCCAAACGUACCAACCAACAACACACCGACCGGUGCAAAUGCAGCUGUUGCCGCCGCCGCGGCCGCCGCAGCAGCAGCUGCUGCCAAUCGUCGCGAUCACAAUAUCGACUAUUCAACGCUCUUCGUGCAAUUGUCCGGCACUCUGCCGACUCUGUAUCGUUGCGUCAGCUGCAAUAAGAUCGUUUCGAAUCGCUGGCAUCACGCCAACAUUCAUAGGCCUCAGAGUCAUGAGUGUCCUGUCUGCGGGCAGAAAUUUACGCGUCGAGACAAUAUGAAAGCCCAUUGUAAGAUAAAACAUGCCGAUAUAAAAGAUCGUUUCUUCAGUCAUUAUGUACAUAUGUGAUCAAUUCUUUAUGUGGUGAAAUAAGAAGUUAAAACCAAUACUCGUAGAUCGUAGAGGCUCACACACACACAUGCACACAUCCACAUACACAACUCUAUAUAAACAUAAUGAAUACACAAAAAGCACACUAAAGCGCCAUAGUCCGGCGCAUACUUAAUCCAAUUGAAAAUUGGGAGUUUCCACUAUAAAGGAAAUUUCGGAAAAAAUAAGAUUUCCAUUACAAAUAUAACCAAAAAUAACUAUAAAUUAUGGCGGGCAACCAUGCUUCAAAAGUCUUUGAUGUACCUUCUGGCGACUCCAUUAUGUUAACGAAGAUAAAUGCUAAAGUCCAACUGAUUGGAUGAAUUCAAGGUUCUUUAGCAUAGUUUGGGGAAUAUUACAGUGAAAUUUCGUCGUUUUUCGCUUUGAAAACUUUUUGAUCAAAACCUGUUCAAGGACCAUCUUUUAAUUCCAAGGCUAAAGCCUCCUCAAGUCUGUUUAGCUUUUUAAUUAAUUAUUUAUUUUCUACUCACAAAUUGAAUCAAAAAAAUAUCUUAGAGAUUUCCUAAACAAAUGUUUCGCUAAUUCGCUAAUUAUGAAUAAAAAAAACAUGAAUUUCUAAAUUCAUAGAUUUGUAUUCAGCGACCCGGAAAACCCCUAAGCACAAUGUUUCACUGAAAUAUAAUACAUUUUUACUUUUCAUACGUCAUUUAGAAUUAUUUAACUCUCGCAUCAUGUUAAUUUUAACGAUUAAGAUUUGGCAGUCUUCGUAGAAAGCCACGUCAAAAAUGAAAAACAAUGAAGGUAAAACCGCCUGUUUUUUUUUAGUAAAAAUUGACGUAGUAAGCAGUUUUUGAACCUGAAAUCACAUUUGACACAUAAAAAUCUCUUCGAAAACGCUAUAUCCCAAUUUAUUCGGAAAACCAGUUUAUUUGGGCUUAUCUUCCAAUAACUAUUGCAUAAUUUGAUUAAAAUUAUCAAAUACUUUCAUAAUUCUCUUAGAUACAUCUCAUAAACGGAUUACUUCAAAAAAAAUAGAUUAAUUCUAACAUUGCGCUAAAGAAGAACACAAUUCAUAAAUCGAAACAGUCAAUCUUUUUCAUUAUUCUACAGCUUUUGGUAUUGGAGACUGUGAACCUAUCUGUUAAUUUAAGAAAAUAGAAAAACACCUUUUUUGUUUUUUUUUUAUUUACUUACUUUU